AAGCUCUAUCUCCCUUAUUACGCACGAAAACAGAGAAGAUCAAGACAAAAAUCUGAAAAUUCCACAAAACAGAGGCUCUCUGCUCUCUCUCUCUCUCUCUGUUCAGAAAGAAGGCCUCUUCGUGUGUGUGAGUGUUUUAAGAGAGAAGAUGGGGAGUACUACGUUAUUAGAUGCAUCGAGAGCAGAGCUUGGUCUAGUGGUUAUGUAUCUGAACAAAGCAGAGGCAAGGGAUAAGCUAUGCAGAGCUAUACAGUAUGGUUCCAAGUUCUUGAGCGAUGGACAACCUGGUACUGCUCAAAACGUUGAUAAAUCCACUAGCUUAGCCAGGAAAGUCUUCCGUCUUUUCAAGUUUGUUAAUGACCUGCAUGGUCUUAUCAGUCCUGUGCCUAAAGGGACUCCGCUUCCUCUCGUUUUGCUUGGAAAGUCGAAGAACGCACUUUUAUCUACAUUCUUGUUCCUGGAUCAAAUUGUGUGGCUUGGGAGAUCAGGAAUCUAUAAGAACAAAGAGCGAGCUGAGUUACUUGGACGUAUAUCACUUUUCUGCUGGAUGGGAUCAUCUGUCUGUACAACUUUAGUCGAGAUUGGUGAGAUUGGAAGGCUCUCUUCAUCCAUGAAGAAGAUCGAAAAGGGUCUGAAGAAUGGCAACAAGUAUCAAGAUGAUAAGUAUCGUGCUAAGCUUAAAGAGUCUAACGAGAGGAGUCUUGCUUUGAUCAAAUCAGCCAUGGACAUUGUUGUAGCAGCCGGUCUUCUCCAGUUAUAUCCGAAGAAGAUCACCCCUCGUGUCACCGGAGCUUUUGGAUUCAUCACCUCCCUCAUUUCUUGCUACCAGUUGCUUCCGACACGACCCAAGAUCAAGGCACCUUGAAGCUUAUGGAAGAAAGUUUAUGUUGGUCCGUUUGAGUAAUUUGCUGUUGUUAUUAGUCCUUGUAUAAAUACUUAUCUGCAUGAAUGGUGAUUAUAAUAAACAAUGUUUUAUGCCU